AGUGUUUAUGUGUGUGUUGAGAGGUCUCAGCAGAGUAGACAAUCAGUGUAGAAGCAGAAAAGGGCAAAUAUGACACACUUGCGAUAAAUGAACUCAGACUUAUAGGAACAAAGAGGCAGAAAAAGGUAGAGCAAAUGAGAGACAGGAGCCACAACAUCUGAGUGGAAACAGUGAGAAGGAUCCGAACUUUCUGACCCAGAACAGAGAAUGGACUACGAACCAAAGAAACCAAAGAAGACUUUCGUUUCACCCAUUAAGCGUCUGGUCUGGUCCAGAUCUGGUCGCAGGGCCGUAGACAGAGGCAGCGUUUACCGCCGGCCUCUCCACACCGUCCCCCUCUACCCACCGGAUUACCUCAUCCACCCUGAGCGGCUCAUCUUUGAUUAUGUGGAAAAGGAAGUGAAGUUCCUUGGUCACCUGACCUGGGUGUCAGUUUCAUUAAAUCCAUCAAGCAGAGAUGAACUUCUGCAGCUGCUGGACACAGCCAGGCAGCUGAAGGUGCUGCCGCUGAAAACGAGCGUCGAUCAGGACUGCAUACUGAGUCUGUCUGCUCGCUGUCUGCUGCUGACAUGGAGAAACAACGAGAAGCUGCUCAUGAGGAUUCCCACACAUGAAAUCGCUGCUGCCUCCUACCUGCGAGACGACGCGCUGCACCUGCUGGUCCUCAAGACAGGUCUAAAUGUGGAUUCUGUGGUUGCUGACGAUGACAGCCUGGACAGGAGGAAAACACAAGGCAUCGACGGGCGGCGACAAACCAUGAGCUGCAACGCUGAGUCGCGACCAGCAGGGGGCACGAUGGAGCGCAGACACACCAUCUGUGGAGUUGACUGGAGGCCAUCGCUCUCCAGAAGUAACCAUGACAAAAACCAAAAUGUGGAGAGAGGAGGUGGCGAGAAGGCAGGGGGAGGAAGCUUAGAGAGAAGGAGAGUCGGCGGCAGCUGGGAGAGGAGGCAGCAAACCAGAAAAACCGGUGGGAGCUGGGAGAACCGCAGAGCGAGACCAAUGAGUGGGAACUGGGGGGUGGGAGGUGGAGGAGGGAGCUGGGAGAGGAGGCAUGGAGGUGGUGGAGGAGCGGGUAGCUGGGAGAAGAGGCAUGGAGGUGGUGGAGGGAGCUUGGAGCGGCGGCAGACCUGCACUGGAAGCUGGGAAAGAGGGAAAAGCUACGGCAGCUGGGAGAGACGGAACUACAACCCGCUGGAACCCACACCCUGUCCUGACGCCUACUGCAACCUGGUCAUCCUGGCGGUGGAGAACAGGGAUGCUGCAGAGGAGUAUUGCUCCCUCAUUUGCCAGAUGUUCCAGAUCAUUUACGGCCAUCAGACUAUUGAAUGUGUUGACAGGGCCGGAUUUCACCACACCAUGCCAGAUCGAUACUGGCUCCAAAGGAGUGACAGCUGCCUGACUGACAUGUCCUACAGUUAUGAUCCAGAGUUUAGCUGCUGCAGCUCUUUCGACGGCUCCCAGGAGGCUUUUGAGCUCUACUAUAGUGAGACGUACAGCGAGAGCUCGUCUGUCUCGCUGCAGGACUCCCAUCGCAGCCUGGCAUCAACCAGUGAUGGAGCAGACAGCAACCCCGCCCUGCUGCUGAUGCAGGAGUACAUGAUUACGCUGAGGAACAAGCUGAAUCCUCUGGAGCUGCAGCAGUUUGCAGUCCUGCUGAGAGAAUACAGGCUAGGUUCAAACAUCGACCACUUCUGCUCUGAACUGCUGCAGCUGUACGGAGACAAGCGCAAAUUCCUGCUGCUGGGCAUGCGGCCGUUUAUCCCAGACAAAGACGUCGGCGUGUUCGAGGAGUUCCUUGAAAGCAUCGGGAUCCGAGAAGGCGGGAUUUUAACCGACAGCUUUGGACGUAUUAAACGCAGCAUGAGCAACACCUCAGCCACGGCCAUGAGAGGUAGGUACGACAACGGCUCUCUAGCAACAGGGUCUCAGGAAUUUAACCGACGCAUCACUGACAUCACCCACGACAUCCAGGCCCUGGGCUUCCAGGACACGCACGGAGACAUCGAGGAGGAAGACUACUACCUCUGAUGAAGGCAGAGAAGAAAGACUUAAGAGAGAGAUUUCCCAACAGUUCUGUGUUUUCAUUCACAGUAAAAAGGAACCAAAGUCAAAUUUUGUUUCUGCACAAACUUGAUAAAUAAAGCUAAUUUUGAUUCUAAGUUAAAACAAUUCUGUGUUUAGAUGUGGAGGGAAUAUGUAAAUUAUUUUGUAGUAGAAGUGCUUCAUGAUAAACUAGAAAUCGUCUUGAGACACAAAAUGGUAAACUAAAUGAAUUCAGGAAGAACUACAGUAAAAACAAGACAAAAUACAGUACAGUUUUGGAUAGCAAUGCUAAAUAUUCCAUAUUCUACUUAGCUUUUUAAUUCAUUCCUCUACCUGACUCCUAAUGAAGAUCUGACUUAAUAAAAACUAGAUCUCA